ACAAACAUUUUGGGAAGAAGAUGAGUGAGUUGUUGUAUCAAGCUGCAGCUAUAUACGGCAGCAAAUUAGCGACACUGGAGCGCCGACAACCUGGAAGCUAGUCCAUACUAGUGGAAGGUUGUCGUUGGUCUGCAACUCUGAUCUUAAGAAUCACAAAUCUUAAUAACUUGGACGAAUUGAAGAAGAAGAAGUUUGGAAACGUAUAUAUAUAUGGGUCGGGGGAAGACUGAGUUGAAGAGGAUCUCGAAUCCGGUGCACCGGCAGGUGACGUUCUGCAAACGCCGCGGCGGGCUGCUUAAGAAGGCCAAGGAGCUGUCGGUGCUGUGCGACGCCGAGGUCGCCGUCCUCGUUUUCUCAGCUCAUGGGAAGCUCUACGACCUAGCCACUCAAGGAAACAUGCAAGGGAUGAUCGACAAGUACGUGAACUUUACACGGGGAGCUCGGGUGACUGAAGUCAGUGAACAGGAACCCAGAGAAAAGCAUGUUCAGGAUGCAAAAGAGGAGAUUAACAUGCUGAAAAACGGAAUUACAAUACUCCAAGAGGGCCUAAGGUUCAUGCAUGGGGGAGGAAUUGGAACAAUGAGUAUAUAUAAAUUGGAUGCACUUGAAAAGUAUCUUGAAGGGUGGAUGCAUCAUGUACGUUCAGCAAAGAUGGGUCUAAUGUUUCAAGAGAUACAGCUGCUGAAGAAUAAGGAAGGGACUCUAAGAGCAACAAACAAACACUUACAAGAAAAGGUGGAUGAAGAACAUCGCACGAUGAUAACAAGUAUGUCAUCAAUUGUGACUGAGAAUGAUAUUUUCAUCAUGCCCACAUCCUGGACUGAUUAUUAAUUGAAUAUUGUGGGGAGAUAACACUUCCGGUGUCAAUAAUGUAAUAUUUUAACUUUUAAUUAUCGACUAUUAAGUUUGCUAAA